GACCGGGAUCGGCUUCCUUCCCAGUAAGCCCCGCGGCCGCCCGCGAGCGGGGCGGUGCCACGUACGGCUCCGGAGGAAGCGACGGAAUCUGCCAGGGCUCAAGAGAGGCUGGCGCUCGCGCUCUCGCAGUUCUCUUCCGUCGGUGUCUUUUGCUUCAACUCCCGGCGGAGCGCGCGACGUGGAGUGAAGUGCAGAGGCCAAGUGCAACCCAGGCAGCCACGACCGUUUCGGAGCUCGGGACUCUAAAAUGGCAGAGCAGUUUUCUCCAGGGAAGACGGCGGAUCAGGUGUGCACCUUCCUUUUCAAAAAGCCUGGGCGGAAAGGGGCUGCUGGACGCAGAAAGCGCCCGGCCUGCGACCCAGAGCCUGGAGACAGCGGCAGCAGUAGCGACGAAGGCUGCACUGUGGUUCGACCGGAAAAGAAGCGGGCGACCCACAAUCCAAUGAUACAGAAGACUCGUGACAGUGGUAAACAGAAGGCAGCUUACGGCGACUUGAGCAGCGAGGAGGAGGAGGAAAAUGAGCCCGAGAGUCUCGGCGUGGUUUAUAAAUCCACCCGCUCCGCGAAACCCGUGGGACCAGAGGAUAUGGGGGCGACAGCUGUCUAUGAGCUGGACACAGAGAAAGAGCGCGAUGCACAAGCCAUCUUUGAGCGCAGCCAGAAGAUCCAGGAGGAGCUGAGGGGCAAGGAGGAUGACAAGAUCUAUCGGGGAAUCAACAAUUAUCAGAAAUACAUGAAGCCCAAGGAUACGUCUAUGGGCAAUGCCUCUUCCGGGAUGGUGAGGAAGGGCCCCAUCCGAGCGCCCGAGCAUCUACGUGCCACCGUGCGCUGGGAUUACCAGCCCGACAUCUGUAAGGACUACAAAGAGACUGGCUUCUGCGGCUUCGGAGACAGCUGCAAAUUCCUCCAUGACCGUUCAGAUUACAAGCAUGGGUGGCAGAUCGAACGUGAGCUUGAUGAGGGUCGCUAUGGUGUCUAUGAGGAUGAAAACUAUGAAGUGGGAAGCGAUGAUGAGGAAAUACCAUUCAAGUGUUUCAUCUGUCGCCAGAGCUUCCAAAACCCAGUUGUCACCAAGUGCAGGCAUUAUUUCUGCGAGAGCUGUGCACUGCAGCAUUUCCGCACCACCCCGCGCUGCUAUGUCUGUGACCAGCAGACCAAUGGCGUCUUCAAUCCAGCGAAAGAAUUGAUUGCUAAACUAGAGAAGCAUCGAGCUACAGGAGUGGGUGGUGCUUCCGACUUGCCAGAAGACCCCGAUGAGGAUCCAAUUCCCAUUACUUAGGUUUCUGAUAAUUCUUAAAUUUAAAAAAUAAAUAUUUUGUUCUUUUGGAA